AUCAAACAACCAGAAGAUGACAAGUGGUUCACUGGGUCCGUCGAGCUGUGCGGAGGAACACAUCUCUCAAACACCCGACAAGCUGAAAGUUUCGCGCUAGUGCAGGAGGAGGCUGUUGCCAAAGGAAUUCGUCGCAUCACGGCAGUUACCAAGGAUCUCGCAAAACAGGCCAUUGAGAAAGGGCACGAUCUAGAGUCGCGUGUCCGCGCUGCUGGCAACGGAGAGUCUCUAGAUCAGCUCGGCGUGACGCUCAACAACCUCAGACAGGAGCUCGACGCUGCUGUCAUUUCGGCUCCUCUCAAGUCGCAGCUGAGGGGCGAGCUGGAAGUGAAAAGCAAGCUUGCUGCCUCGAUGAUCAACAAGCAGAUCGAGAAGGCGACGGCAGACCUGAAGAUGGUGGGAGAUGCGAAGUUUGCGAUCUUGAAAGUUGAAGGAGGUGGAGACGCGAAGCAGCUCAAGAGCAUCAUGCAAGCCCUAAGCAAGUCGUCGCCUGGUCAAGCUUUGCUGCUGAUCGCUGAGGAGGACGGGAAAGCUUUCUUGCUUGCACAAGUCCCGGCAGAACUUGCCAACGUGCUCAAGGCCAACGAGUGGCUGUCGGAGGCCCUCGCUGUGGGAGGAGGACGAGGAGGAGGAAAAGCUGACUCCGCUCAAGGCCAGGUUGACUCGAACAAGUUGGAGGAAGUCAAGAAGAAGGCGGAGGAGGUGGCGAGCAGUCAACUCAAGUGA